CGUUCCAAACAGUUUAUUGGUUUUCUUGUUAUAUGGCUUUUUGAUAUCCCYCGUACGGCGCUUACCAAAUCUUUCGAUUUUUAUAAACACAUCAUGGAAACUAUUGGAAAAUAUAAGCUUGAGUUAGAGGAUCAAAAAGAAAACGUCUUUGUCACACAACUGAGAGAAGAGGAUGAAGAAGAUAUCAAAGUUCGAAAAUUUCCCAUCGUUGAAGAGACAUCUGGCAGGUUACUUGACACUGGUCUCAACACCUUCCAAUCAACCUUACUCCUCAAAAAACAAGUUGAAGUUGAAAAAGUCCAUGAAGACCUGGAGAUAAAAAGAAGGCAGUUUGCUGACCGUAUGGCUGCUUGUCAAAUUAAGGAAGAGGAACUAAAGAAAAAACAACUACAGAUAAGAGAAAGAGUUGGAAAGUUUGAGAAGUUCAUCAAAGAAAAUGAGGCAAAAAGAAGGAGGGCAAUACAGAAGUAUCAAACAGAGCUGAAGCUUAAAGAACAAAAAGCAAGCGAGCAAGACAUACUUUCUAAUGAACUAGAAAUUCUGAAGGCAAAAAAAGCAAGAUUGGAGAGAAAAAUGGCCAAGUAUUCUGUCUAUGAAAAAUUUCUCCUGAAAGUCCUUGAUGUUGUUCCAGAGGAUUAUUUAGAAACAAGUGACUCAAUGAUAAUGGGAAUAAUGAUGAGAUUUAAGACACUUAGUGCAACUAAUCAGACAUUGGUUCAAAUGUUAACAGACAGAGCUGAUGAGAUAGAGAGUUCUCAACAAAAACUAUCAGACAUGAACCAAUCACACACACAGAAUCUUGUGUUGAUGAACAGUGAACUAGCUUGCCUCCAAGAGAAGCUUGAAGAUACGAUGCAGAAAAAUGUUGAGCUAGAGCAACAUCUUGUAAAUCGAAAGGCAAUCAUCAGACAGCAGAGUGAAAUCCUAGGAAGAAUUAAACUGGCCAUCGAUAAUUUAGCAGAAAAAUGCCAAAAAAUUGUACUCGUUCCCGUAGAAGAUCAAGAUUUUGAUACCAAGCUUAGAAUAAUACAG